CCUCCCCUCCAGGGGCUGGAGCCAAGCGACUCUUACGGCAGUGGGACUCUGCAUCGCGGCGGCACUAUAGAAACCCCGGCGGCGGCGGAGGGGCGAGGGAGAAAAGCGAGCCGGCAGACGGAUUCAGGGGCUCAGGCGGCCAAGCAACCCGCCGGAGUUGCAAGCGCGGCUAAAAGCCUUUUUCCUUCUUCCGCCCUGCUCUUCCCGAACUCACCCCAGUCAGUCCAGUCUCUUCUUCCUUCCCUCCCGCCGGGGUUCUUUCUGCGUCCCGUUCUUCUUCUCCCAUUCUCUCCUUCUCGGUUUCGCGAUGCCUCCCAACCUCACUGGCUACUACCGAUUCGUCUCCCAGGACAACAUGGACAAUUAUCUCCGUGCCUUAGACAUUAAUGUCGCUCUGAGGAAACUGGUCUGCCUUCUGAAGCCAGACAAAGAGAUCAUCCACAAUGGAGACCACAUGACCAUCCGCACAUUAACUUCACUUCGAAACUACAUCAUGGACUUUGAUCUGGGGGUUGAGUUUGAAGAGGACUUGGGGCCAGUCGAUGGACGCAAGUGCCAGACAACUGUCUACUUUGAUGGAGAUCAGCUGGUGUGUAAACAAGAAGGAGAGAAACGGAAUCGGGGCUGGAGACACUGGCUAGAAGGGGACCGGCUGCAUCUGCGCAUGACUGCAGAGGAUGAAGUCUGUGUCCAGGUCUUCCAGAAAGUGAAGUGAUCACCAUCAGCACCUGCCUGGUAUGGAGUGCUGACAUCUGGAUACAAGAGGCAUUAGUCCAGAAACAGAAACAGAAUCAGCUAAGCAAUCAGCUUCUUACCUUGUCCUAAUUCUUUUCUUUUGGAUUAAAAUAAUACAGGUGACCAAUG